CGUAAAUGGAAUUGUCAAACAGAUGCUGCUGUGAAAAAAGCCCAGCUUCUGUCACACAGCUGAAACUGAAAACACACGCGUGCGCACUUAGAGGUUUUGUAUUUCCCGCAGCAGCUCCACGACGAGCCUCAGUCCACGCAGAAACAGAUGAAAUUAGAAAUGCCUAAAAAACAUGUCUGGUAAAGAAGAUGAAAGAAAGAGGAGCUCUCAUCACACUGAUUUAUAUGUCAGCAUCCCUGCAACAUGUUUGCCCAUCGUGUACCACCCAGACUACAACAUUACCUUCAUGGGUCUGGAAAAGCUCCAUCCCUUUGAUUCAGGGAAGUGGGGGAAGGUCAUACACUUCCUGAAAGAGGAGCAGUUCAUCCAUGAUGGCAACAUUGUGGAAGCCCGUGAAGCUACUGAGGAGGAUCUGCUAGUGGUUCACUCUAAACGCUACCUGAACAGACUAAAGUGGUCUGUUGUGGUGGCAUCAAUCACAGAAAUCCCACCUCUCCUGUUUCUGCCUAACCCACUGGUGCAGAGGAAGGUGCUGAGGCCGUUACGAACCCAAACAGGAGGAACAAUAAUGGCUGGAAAGCUGGCCAUUGAUCGAGGAUGGGCCAUAAAUGUAGGAGGGGGCUUCCACCACUGCUCCAGUGACAAGGGAGGGGGCUUUUGUGCCUAUGCUGACAUCACACUGGCCAUCAGGGAACGGACAUGAGCGUGACUUCAUGGAUGACCGCAGAGUCUUCAUUAUGGACAUGUAUAAUCACAAUAUCUAUCCUGGAGACAGAUUUGCCAAAAGAGCCAUAAGGAGGAAGGUGGAGUUGGAAUGGGGCACUGAAGACUCAGAGUAUCUUCAGAAGUUGGAGCUCCAUUCUGAGGGAACGCUGAAUGAAGUCCGACCUGACAUCCUUGUUUAUAACGCAGGAACCGACAUCUUGGAUGGAGAUCCRCUCGGUGGACUCUCUAUAUCCCCACAGGGCAUCAUUAAAAGAGAUGAGAUUGUGUUUAGAGCCGCGAGGCAACGAGGCAUUCCCAUCCUCAUGGUAACAUCCGGAGGAUACCAGAAGAAAACUGCACAAAUCAUCGCAGAGUCCAUCCUCAACCUAAAGCGGCAGGGCCUGAUUGGAGCAGAAGCAGAGGAGGAGGAGAGGGGAUCUUCAUCACCGGAGACUCACCUGCUGCAUGGCGCUGGGUCUGCUGGAUCAACAUCCACAACAGUCUAAGCAGCAAAGACCAURGACUUCAGGGUUAACUCUCCUUUAAACUUUGUUAACUUUAUACCGUGAAGUUCUUUCUGACCAUGCUGUCACACAAAUACUCAUGUUCCAUUUUCAGAGAAGUAACAAAACAUUUAAAGGGGCAAUAUUAUGUGUUUCUCAAGCAUAUAUUUAAAUUCUAUACCAUAAUAAA